UUCCCCUCUUCUUUCUCCUCGUCUUGGCUGAAGUGUUGAGAGCCAUGGAUGGAGCUCUGCAGAUUUUCUGCACAAAUUUCAAAGUACCCACCUCCAUUAAAAUGCCCCUCUUUGCAAUCCACUCCCCUUCUUCCUCUCUCUCUCAUCAUUUUCUCUCUCUUCCCCCAAAUCCCACCUCCUGUUUCUCUUCAUACCUUUCUAUGCCAUCUCGCUUCCCUCCUACUUUCGUCCAAUUUGCAACCCCAGAUAGCCAAUUGAGCGUUGAGGUCAGCACUGAAACUAGUGAAUGGGGAAUGCAAGAUUUUUAUACACUAAGAAAAGAGGUAGAAAAUACAAGUAAACGUGCGGAAGAGAUUGUAGUCUCUGCUGGAUCGGAACAUUUGGAGAGAGAGCUUGCAGAUUUGGAGUCCAAAGCAGCUGAUAGCACUUUGUGGGAUGACCGUGCUAAGGCCCAAGAAACUCUUUCGGCUCUGAAUGAUGUCAAAGAUAAACUAAAACUUCUCAAAGAUUUUCGAACCCAGGUUGAAGAGGCAGAAACAAUAGUUAACCUUACUGAAGAGAUGGAUUCUACUGAUACUGCACUUCUUCAAGAGGCUGCCAGCAUUAUUAAGGAGUUGAACAAAGCACUUGAUCGUUUUGAAUUAACAGAGCUGCUUUCUGGUCUUUAUGACAAAGAGGGUGCUGUUAUAACUAUCUCAGCUGGUGCCGGGGGGACUGAUGCUCAGGAUUGGGCUGAUAUGCUUCUCAGGAUGUAUAUGAGAUGGGCAGAAAAGCAGAAAUAUAAGGCUAAAGUGGUUGAUAAAUCUUUUGGAGAAGAAGCAGGUAUCAAAUCUGCAACAGUUGAGAUUGAUGGUCGUUAUGCUUAUGGUUAUCUUUCUGGAGAAAAAGGCACACAUCGCAUAGUGAGGCAGUCGCCUUUUAAUUCCAAGGGUCUUCGUCAGACAAGUUUUUCUGGUGUUGAAGUUAUGCCUCUUCUUCCUGAAGAGUCACUGAAUGUUGAAAUUCCUGAAGAAGACUUGGAAAUAACUUUCACAAGGGCUGGUGGAAAAGGAGGUCAAAAUGUUAACAAGGUUGAAACUGCUGUUAGAAUCACUCACAUUCCAACUGGUGUCGCAGUCCGAUGCUCAGAGGAGAGAUCCCAAAUACAAAACAAAGUGAAGGCUCUAAAUCGACUGAAAGCCAAACUUUUGGUCAUUGCUGUGGAGCAAAGGGCGUCCGAGAUCAAGCAGAUCAGGGGAGAUGUCGUGAAGGCGGAGUGGGGCCAGCAAAUACGAAAUUACGUGUUUCACCCGUACAAGCUUGUGAAAGACGUGCGUACGAGCUACGAGACUUCAGAUAUCACUUCAGUAAUGGAUGGUGAUUUAGAUCCAUUCAUUAAAUCUUACUUGAAACAUAAGUACACUCAGAUGCUUACAAGUAGUUAGAGAUUGAGUUUGUAUAUCUUCUUCUUUGUGGAAGGUUAGGUGUCAAAGAUAAUUUUUUGUAUAAUGAUUAAUGAGUAGUUGGAUUCUGGAGUUUAUGAUCAUAUUUUAUUCAUAUGUAAUCUUCUGCUGAUUACUCUGUUGUAAUGACGUACGUGGAGAAGGCUUCAAUUGAAUGGUUACGCAAAAUGUAUAGCACUUGUAGCCUGCACUGUAAUUGAGUGGUUUCGUAACCAGAUGUUCUUUUACUAUAUAAAUAUUAGUGUUCUUAAGGUGUACCAUAGUCCACCUUCUAAA